AUGCUGGUCGACACGGACUUGGCGGGUGGUGUGAUCCGCUCGCCUUAUAGUUUUGACAUUCCCCACGCCUUCAUUUUCAACGAGUCCGAGUUCCAGAAGCCCAUCUUCUGCGGACCCUACAUGGAGAUAGUAAAGCACUUCGCCGAGGCGUACCACUACCGGCUGCUCCUCGAUCCCGUCGAGAGUCUGCCCAAAAAGUCGGUGGUGGAGCAGGACAUUGUCACCGGGUUGUACAACCUCUCGCUGCACGGCGUUACGAUGCGACCCGACAAGAUCGGUGAGUUUACCAAGGAUACGCGGCACAGUUAUCCGCUGGAGAUGAUGACGAACUGCGUGAUGGUGCCACUGGCGCCCGAGCUGCCCAAGUGGAUGUACAUGGUGUGGCCGCUGGGCAGAUACAUUUGGACGUGCCUCUUCGUCGGCACCUUCUACGUGGCCCUCCUGCUGAGGUACGUGCACUGGCGGGAGCCUGGGAAUGCCACCCGCUCCUACACGCGGAACGUGCUCCAUGCGAUGGCCCUGCUGAUGUUCAGCCCCAACAUGAACAUGACCGUUAAGCUGAAGCACGCCUCCUCGCUGCGUGUCAUCGUCUUCUACACGCUCCUCUUCGUCCUGGGCUUCAUCCUGACCAACUACCAUCUCAGCCACAUGACGGCCUUCGACAUGAAGCCGGUGUUCCUGCGACCCAUUGACACCUGGUCGGAUCUCAUUCACUCGCGGCUCCGCAUCGUCAUCCACGACUCGCUGCUGGAGGAGUUGCGCUUUCUGCCGGACUACCAGGCCCUGCUGGCCAGUCCCUCGCGCUCCUUCGCCUAUGUGGUCACCCAGGACGCCUGGCUGUUCUUCAACCGGCAGCAGCGAGUGCUCAUCCAGCCGUACUUCCACCUGUCCAAGGUGUGUUUCGGUGGCCUGUUCAACGCCCUGCCAAUGAGCUCGAGUGCCAGCUUCGGGGACGCUCUGGACCACUUCAUCCUGAACGUUUGGCAGGCGGGACUGUGGAACUACUGGGAGGAAAUCGCCUUCCGGUAUGCCAAGCAGGCUGGCUACGCGAAGGUGUUCCUGGACACUUACCCCGUGGAGUCGCUGAACCUGGAGUUCUUCAACACGGCCUGGAUUGUCCUGGUCCUGGGGUUACCAAUUAGCUCACUGGUUUAUUGCUUGGAGCAUUUUGUCCAUCGUCGGAGGGAGAGACGCUCGCAGUACGACCGUUUUGAAUGCUAUGAUACAAGCUAUACUUAA